AUGGGAGGGUUUUACAAACGCCUCGUUGGUCUAGUCAAGCGUGCUCUCCGUAAAUCGUUAGGUCGAAGACUGCUAACUUUAAUACAGAUACAAACCCUCGUCAAAGAAAUAGAAGCAACUGUAAAUUCUAGACCGUUAGUAUACGUGGAAAAUGAUUUAGACUCAAAUAUAACAAUUUCUCCUAGUCAUUUCCUAACAAUAAAUCCAAAAACAGGAGUUCCAGAAAAUAUCAUUGACAUAAACGAUGAGAAUUAUGAACAACGUGAAAGUUCAAGCGAACGUUUACUAAAGUUAUGGAAAAAAAGACAGAAAACUUUAGAUGACUUUUGGAAAAUAUGGCGAGAUGAAUAUUUAGUCUUCGUGAAAGAAGCCAAACAACAAUCAAAGCUGGGAGAGUUAUGUCGAAAUCUUCGCCAAAAGUUGGAGAUGUUGUUCAAAUUAAGGACACUGUACCUCGGGGCAGCUGGAAAGUUGGUCGAAUUGUUCAAUUAG